UAACAAACUGGGGCGUUUUCUACGUUAGUCAUUCUCCCUGCAAAUGUAUUAGGGGGUUUCGCCGCUUGUUCUUUGGAUCCUCAAAGUUUUCGAUUUAGUUCAGGGACUGUUUUUGUAAUUUGUAAAAGAAUAUAGCCUCCUAUUUUGUAAUUUACCCAACAUUAUCCGCUGGGCUCAAAAGCUGAAACACACGCUCCCUCUCACUCCCUCCCUCCCUCCUUCCUAGCCCUGUUGAAAAUUUGAAACAAACUGGGGCGUUUUCUACGUUAGUCAUUCUCUCUGCAAAUGUAUAGGGGGUUUCGCCGCUUAUUCUUUGAAUCCUCAAAUUUUGCUUCCUUUGAUGUUUUUUGUGGGGCCAUCUUGGCCGUUAUAACUGCUAUCCCUGACUGAGGAGCUCCUCUGUUCAGUAAUUAGAAUGAUUUCCACUGCCCUAAGUGUUAAUCUCGGUGGCUCUAUCGAUGUUUUUCGGUGUACUCGAACUUCUUGGUCCAUAUCUAGAGCUUCACUGAAUUUGCCUGGUGUUUCCCUCUCUCGUCAAAAGUUUUCUUCAACUUCUUUAAGUAAAAAAUCAGAUGUUGUGUUGCUUCAAAAUAAGCUUCAGACUCGUUUAACUCCACUAACACCUGUAGAGCUAGAUAGUCUUAGGGUUUUGGAGUGGCACAAGCUCUGUGACUGCGUAGCUGCCUUUGCAGGUACCAUUUAUGGCAAAGUAUUGCUCAAGGAUUUGCUUUUCAAGUUGAAUGUAAGCUACGAGGAGAGUCUUGCACUCCAAUCGGAGACUAAUGCUGCAGUUGAAAUGUUGAAGUUUGGUGUUGGUGGUAUGGAUUUCAGCACGCUUGAUGUUGUGGAGGUGGAGUCUGCAAUUGAUAGUGCCUCAAGGGGUUCCAUUGUCAAUGGACAUGAAGCAAUGGCUCUGGUGAACCUACUUCGGUUCUCUAGUUCAUUGCAAGUCUGUAUAAAAGCAGCUAUAAAAGAAGAUAUAGAAUGGUACAGGCGGUUUAUGCCGCUUUCAGAUUUGAUCAAUGAGAUGGUCAUAAAUCAGGACUUUGUUAAGUUUGUGCUGCAGGUGGUAGAUGAAGAUGGCAAUGUCAAGGAUUCUGCAAGUUCGGAUUUGAGGCGGUCUCGUAAUCAAGUGCGUUUGCUUGAGAGAAAGUUACAUGAGCUGAUGGACACUCUUUUGAGGAAUGAAAUGAAUGGAGCAUCGUCUCGGGAAAUGAUUAAUAUUGACGGAAGAUGGUGCAUAAAGGGCAAUAUCAAUCAGCCGACCAGUUUCCAGGGACUCCUUUUGUCACUUGGUUCAGGUGCUGAUAGCUAUCUGGAGCCAAUCUCAGCUAUUCCUUUAAAUGAUGAUUUGGCUCAAGCAAAAGCAUUGGUAGUAAAGGCUGAGCAAGAAGUGCUUUCCAAGAUAUCUGAAAAGAUGAGACAUGGUUUGGAUGGCAUUCGGAGUUUGCUAGAAAGCAUCAUACUGCUUGAUGCGAUCACAGCUCGGGCAAAGUACAGUCUUGCAUUUGGAGGGACAUGUCCUGAUUUGUUUUGCAUGGAAUCCAAGGGUGACUGUUCUGAAAGUUUUCCCCAAGAUGGUAUUAGUGGGACUUCUUCUUCCUAUUCUUAUGGAAGAGAGUGGACAAUCCAUUUGCUGGAAGCCUAUCAUCCUCUUUUGCUGCAUCAACACCAGGAGUCAAUAAAAAAUGCAAAGAAGGAUGUCAAUGAAGCUGCUGGUGAACUUAGGCGGAGAAGAUUUCAGAGUGAGAAGAUAACAUCCCAGGAGAAUUUGGAUGAUCUUCUUAGGUCCCUAAAAUCACGGGUCACUGAAUUAGAAGCUGCUCAUCCUAUCCCUGUUGAUUUUCUCGUAUACAAAGAAACCAAAGUUCUGGUCAUAACAGGCCCUAAUACAGGAGGGAAAACUAUUAGUUUAAAGACGAUUGGUCUAGCUUCACUAAUGGCAAAAGCAGGUCUGUAUGUUUUGGCAUCAGAGCCAGCUCGAAUCCCAUGGUUUGAUUCUGUUCUCGCUGAUAUAGGGGAUGAACAGUCUUUAACUCAAUCCCUGUCUACCUUCUCUGGACACUUGAAGCAAAUCCAUGGGAUUUUGAUGCGAUUGACGAACAACUCAUUGGUGCUUUUAGAUGAAGUUGGUGCGGGAACAAAUCCAUUGGAAGGAGCAGCUCUGGCCAUGGCAUUGCUAGAAUCCCUAGCUGAAAGUGCUCAGUUGACUCUGGCAACUACUCAUCACGGCGAGCUCAAGACCCUAAAAUACAGAUCUCUUGGACGUCUCUUGGUUGGAAUGGCACUUCUCAUUAAUAACAAAUUUGAGAAUGCAUGUGUGGAGUUUGAUGAAGCCAACCUGAAGCCAACAUAUAAGAUACUCUGGGGAGUCCCAGGACGUUCAAAUGCAAUUAAUAUUGCUGAAAGACUAGGAUUGCCCCAUUCUAUAUUGAAUUGUGCCCGUGAAUUGUAUGGAACAGCUAGUGCUGAGAUUAACAAGGUCAUAAUUGAUAUGGAAAAAUAUAAGCAGGACUUUCAAAGAGGUGUUCAAGAUUCACAACAUAGUCUAGUGCUUUCAAAAGAACUUUAUGAUAAGCUCGUGGAAGUAAAUCACAAGAUCACCGAACUUUGCCUCAUUCAAAGACAAAGGAAAAUACAGGAAAUUUCUGAGUAUGCAGCAGGGGCACGAUCCAUCCUACACGACAAGUUACGAAGGUUUCGUGUGUCAGCAGCUCAACUAUCCCAUGAUAGCAGAGUAGCAGAUUUAGGCAAAAAUCGAACUCAACCAACACAGCCAUCGUCAAUGCAACUGGCAAACGUGGAAGAGAUGAGAAAACCAGAGGUUGGUAAGAUGGUGCAUGUCCCAGCCCUUGGGAAGAGAGUAAAAGUGGUAAAUGUAGAUGUUUCCAAAGAAGAAAUCAUUGUCCAAACCCAUAGCAUGAAGCUUAGAUUGAGAUUUUGUGACGUCAAAGCUGCGUAGAAUACUAAUGAGCUAAGGAAUUUACAAGAAGGAAAAGCAAGAUAAAGGUUUUUACUUACCUCGCACAAACUGAGGUGCAUGAAAAAGAAAUAGUACCAGCCAUUGAAAAAAAAAGUGCAAUUUUUUCGCCACAUGUUAAAUAGUUUUUUCUUCUUGGAAUAUUUUUGGAAAUUGUUUUCUUUAUUUAUGAAUCUUGUUUAUUUUGGUCUUUGUAUGUUUUGUUGGAAAGUAGAGCUCUUAUGAUGAUGAUGAUUGAAAAGUAGAGCUCUUAUGAUGAUGAUGAUGAUUUAUUGGAAAUUAAGAGUGUUUAAUGCAUUCAUGUAGAUA